UUUGUCAAUUGUCAGUGCAAUUUUACAGCGUCAGUGGUCAAAGAUCAAGGAUUUUUAUUAACAAAUUCACCCAGAAUCGCCUAUUGACAGUUUAGUACAGUUCUCGUCGAAAUAAAGUGAAAGGUGCUCCGUAACCCCUUCGAAAUGACGACUCAAUACAGCUUCGCCGACGUUAAAAAACACAACGACAACCAAAGCACUUGGAUCGUCAUUCACAACAACGUGUACGAUGUCACGGAAUUCCUCAACGAGCAUCCGGGCGGCGAAGAAGUGCUUUUGGAGCAGGCUGGGAAAGACGGAAGUGAGGCUUUCGAAGAUGUAGGUCAUUCCAGUGACGCACGUGAACUCAUGCAAAAGUACAAAAUCGGCGAACUCAUUGAAGCGGAAAGGAAACCGGUCAAAGAAAAAAAUGUCGAUUGGUCUAGCAGCUCAUCCCAGUCGUCUUCGUCACAAAGCUCGUUCAAGUCGUGGAUUUUGCCCGUCACUCUCGGUCUAUUGGCAACGAUAAUCUACCGCAUCUACUUCCAAUCACACUAAGACUAAACCGCCAUUGGAUUGUAUUAAGUAAAAUGCAUUUAUGGUUUUAGGGUUUAGUUGAAAUUCGUAAAUUAAAUUAAAUUGGGUUUUAUUGUUACUUUGAUUUUAAUUAAGUUAGUUAUUGUUAAGUGUCACAUUUUCCGAGAGAGACUUGAAUCCAAUGGAAGACUUUUGAUAAGGCUAAGAACGUAAAUUAGUGUUACAUCAUUUAAGUAUGUUGAUUAUGAAGAAGAUAUAUAUGUAAGAGUUUGUUUGGAUAAAUAAAACACACUUUACAAUAAUAA